AGCCCCUCACAAUAAACUAUGGUAAAAACAUAGCUUAUCAAAACUGCAAUAAAAAUCUGGUAAAUUGUAUGCCAGCCAAAGAUUCUGAAACUCUUAAGUGCACCUGAUAAUUUGAAUUUGUUCUUAUUGAUUCCACCAAGGAGAAUAUCAUUGACAUAUAAUAAAGGUGGUGAUGUCUCACUAUGUUUCUAAAUUACACACCUUAAUUACACCUUUUCAUGCAACCUUUACCAUCAAAUUGUUAGCCAGUGGGACUAAUAACAAAUCAUCCUGUCUGAGUCCCAUAGGACAUCUGCAGAAGCCAGGCGAAUGCUUUUUAACUUAAUUGGAGAGUUCAUCAUUAAAGUACCUUUCAUUCACUUUUUGAAACUUCCUUUCUAGUUUUACCUUUGUGUGGUCAUGUUUAUAAAUCCUUCUAGUCCUUGAUGUUCAAGCUAGACAACCAUCAUACAUGUGGAAUUUUUCCACUGUUUUCAUUGCAUUUUGCAUGUGGAAGAGCCUCUUUGUUUAGGAAUUAAUCAGUCGGAUUUGUACCUCCUUUCUUGUUAUGGAAAUGUGAAGUAUGCUUUCCUGAGGAAUAAUUUGAUGUGCAAGGGAAUAUUUUCCUCAUCUUGCAGCUUCAUUCACCUGAUGUCUUGGCUGUUGGAAGUAGCAUGAAAGGAGAAAACUCUUAUUCGCAUCACUUGGAUUCUGAUGUUGGUGUCUCUGUUGUAGAUCGUUUCACAUUUUAUACCCUUGCUUUCUUUGAGCGGCUAAAUAUGUACGACAAUGCUUCAUUGAGCAGCCUUUUCAGUUCAUAUAAUCCAAAUUUGUUGUUGUCAACUGCUUACUACCGAACAAAUCUAUACCAACGGCUGUUGGAGGAGGUACCUGUAACGAACUUCUUUGGUUCAGUUAUGGAAACAAUUCACACUGAUUCAGCUUAUAGAGCCCUCUCAGGCAAAGAUUCCAGCAGGGCUAAAAUCAAAACUUCAUUGGAUCCAUCUGCUGUCCAGGACUUACAAAGAACAUUAGUAAGUUCUACUGUUCAGAAGCGAAUUGGUGACUCAAACUCGAGGGAUCAACAGGCCACUUGUCCUUUUACACAUGCCUGGGUUACUAUAAAGGAAAUGAUAGGAAAAUUUGAAGAUGUUGAUAGUUUGGUAAACUAUGGUUUAGUAAUGAUGUUACUGCUUGUGGCAGCUUCCACUCAGUUAUCAUGGUGA